CCCGCUCGCCGGCUGAGGUGGGGAGGGAGCCCGUGCUGAAGGGGCCGCCGGAAAGCCCCGGGGUCCGGCCGGAAAGGCGGGGGAACCCGCUCCCUCCCCAGCCGGCCCUCGGGAGGCCGCGGUUGCCCCCUCCCAGCACCGGAGGGGAGGAGGGGAGUUACUGAAGGUGAACAGCACUUGGGAGGGAAGCUGUUCCCGUCGGCGGAGGGGGCCACGCAUUGAACAUCUAAUGUUCGGGUCGAGUUUGUGGUCGUGUGCCCAAGUGCGGUGAGGCACAGACUCCUGAUUGGUGUUAAUGAUGGCUGCUACAAUAGUACAUGAUACCUCGGAGGCCGUAGAGCUGUUUGCCCCCCAGGGAUUGUUCCUGAAGCCGAUUGCAAAGCUGACCAUUAGUGUGUCACUUCCUCAGCUGAAACAGCCUGGAAAAUCCAUAUCGAACUGGGAGGUGAUGGAGAGACUCAAGUGCAUGGUUCAUCCUGAGCAGUUCGCCACGCUCCGCGUGUCCAAGAGCACAAUGGAUUUUGUUCGCUUCGAGGGGGAAGUUGAAAACAAGAACAUGGUGAAAACUUUUCUGUCCAAGCUGGAUGCCAAGACUAUUAAACUCAGUGGCUUCACGGACACUUUAAAGGUACGAGCAGCCGAGGUGAAAAUAGACUUUCCAACCCGUCAUGACUGGGACUCCUUCUUCCGGGACGCCAAAGAUGUAAAUGAGACUUUACCAGGAGAGAGGCCGGAUACCAUACAUUUGGAAGGAUUGCCAUGCAAAUGGUUUGCACUGAAGAACUCUAGCUCAGAAAAGCCAAGUGACUUUAUCCUGCGCAAGGUGUUUGAAACCUUUGGCAAGAUUCGGAAUGUGGACAUCCCAAUGUUGGACCCUUACAGAGAGGAAAUGACAGGAAAGAACUUUCACACCUUCAGCUUUGGUGGUCAUUUGAACUUUGAAGCCUAUAUUCAGUAUCAGGAAUACAUAGGAUUUGUGAAGGCAAUGGAUGCCUUGAGGGGAAUGAAACUACUGUACAAAGGUGAUGAUGCAAAGGCAGUGGCCUGCAGCAUAAAGGUGACAUUUGACACGACGAAGCACCUAAGCGACUCGUCGAUCAGAAGGAGACAGAUGGAGAGACAGAAGCUGCAGGAACUGGAACUGCAGCGGGAAGAGCAAAAGCGUCGCGAGAAAGAGGAAGAGGAGCGAAAGAAAGAUGAGGAAAGGAAACAGAGAGAGUUUGAAGAGCAAGAGAGAGAAAAGAAGAGAGAAGAAAAAGUCAGAAAGAGGGAACAGAAGCAGAAGGAGCGGGAGGAGCGACGAAAUGUGCGUAAACUGCAGCGGGAGGAGCAGAAAAAACUGCAGGAGAAGAUUGCUCUGGAGGAAAGAAGACUCCUGUUGGCACAGAGGAACCUGCAGUCUAUCCGACUUAUCGCAGAGCUGCUCAGCAGAGCCAAGGUUGGUAAACAGCAAGAGCUGGAGGCACGCCAAGCGGAAGCAGCCCGCCUCCAGCAAAUGGAAGAAAAGCGGCGGCAGCAAGAGGCCGAGCUCAGGCGGGUCGAAGAGGAGAAAGAGCGAGUCGUCGAGCUCCAGCAGAAGGAGAAGGAGCUGAGAGAGAAACUACUGGAGAACCUCAAGCGCAAGGAAAGCCAGAGUCAGCAGAGCCGAGAAGAGUCGAAGCCUCGCCAAGCAGACCAAGUAGCCGUGAAGUCUAUUGUGAGCAUGUCCCCAGUGUUGGGAACUGCUACUGCUACGUGCGCUCAGGCUGGUACCAGUAGGACUGUCAGCCAUGGUGCUGUCAUUCAAGGCAAGUGUGUUCCACCUGUCAAGGACGUAAAUGGGCACCCAGAUGCGGCCGAAAGGUUCGUCAAUAAUUUGGAUCAAGUCGAAUCUCAAAGAAACAUGAAUGCUGUUGAUCGUCAAAGUGGUGGCAAGUGUGCCCAGGAUGAGCAGUGUGCGACCACGGUCGCUAACAGUCAAGGACGUUCAUCGCAGGAAUGCUGUGGUAAAAAGAGUAGGUAUCAGAACGGCCCCAGCCACAAAGAGGGAGAGCAGCAAAGCAACCCUGUCAACAUUGAAAGCCACCAAUUCCAGAAGGACUUGAACAAAGAACGCAACUCGCGCAAGAGCAGCAGUAGCAGUGAGCGGAGCAAGAACUGGAGGGACUCCAGCAGCGACAGCAGCUGCCACCAGCGGGAAUGGAGCCGGCACCAGACCCGUUUGAGGAAGGACAGUGGCCGGCAUGGCAGGGAGCAGAGCCGCAGCUGGCGAGACUCCAACGAGCAGGGCCACGGCCGGCACGGCACCAGCCGCGAGCAGAAGCGGCGCAAGAGCAGGGAGAGGGCUGGCGGCCGGCGGCGCUCCAGCCGGGAGCGGGACCCAAGCGAGGAGCAGGGGCGCCGACGGCCCGGCUCGAGCAGGGAGCGGGCCCGUGGCCAGAAAAGCACGAGUCGGGAGCGCAGCCGGCACCGCAGAGACUCCGGCAGGGAGCGAAGCCGUCACAGGGACUCCAGCAAAGGACGCAGCCAUCACCGGAGGUAGUCGAGCCAGCCACGGAAGAAACCAGGGGGCAACAGACUCGACAAUUCAGAGGUUCACGUGAACCAUGGGCAGUUUGUUUCGCAAGUGUAGUGUGGUUAAAAUUGCCCUGUGUGACAACUCAGAUUUAAACCACAAAGGCAAAUGUCACUUGGAUUGGUAAGUUUGCGUUGAAGCCUCCUUUGUUCUGGUAGGAGGGGCAGAAAUGGGAAAGCAUACAAUCAAAGAUUCUGAAAAUUGUAUUCUAACACGCGAUGAUUCUGUACUUCACAGAACUUGGCCAAGAUUACAAGAUUGUUUAACAUUUCAAUUGUUUGGUAUUUACAAUACUAAAUUUCCCUGAUAAAAAGUUUCAAUGUUUUAAUGUAAAUUUGCUAACUUCUCAUGUUUUGGUUGCAAAUUAUUAUUACAAGGCAGUAUUUAGAGAGUGUGCACAGUGGAUGUGUUGUGGCAAGCAGUUGGAUAAGACAUUUAUCCCCUGGUGAAUUUUAGUCAGUGCUGUACAUAAGAAAGUUUUAUUAUCUCUCCUAUACUGCUGGACAUGCCAUAUUCUAUUUAUUUCACAUUUCAAAAUUCAAUUCCUUAUUGCUUAUUAUACACCACAUGUCCAACAUAAUAUAAAUAAGCAACCAGAAAGAUUAGUGGCAAACUUGUUUUAAGGGGCACAUGUUUAUUCAUAAAAUUCUUGGCAGUUGCCUUUCAGUGUUUCUCAUGGGUAUUGUACGUGUUAGAAAUGUUACCACUUAAUCCCAUUUCCUGCCUUCCACCAGGAGACAUUACUGCUAAUUGUAGACAUGGUAGUGUGGCCACAAUCUGGACAGUGCAGUUGUAUCCCUGACCAUUGGCAUAAGGGACAACCUCCUGAAAUGGAAUGAUAAGAAGCUUCAAGGGAAAGUUAUAGGCAUCAACUGCUCAAGGUUCUUUCUUUGGGGCAAAGCACAUUUUAAUGACACAGAACAAAAAUGAAGAAACAGGAGAGUGUCAUCAGGUUCCUGACACGCUAUCUGAUUCAUGGUACGGAUGUUGUUGAGAAGGGAAAGCGAGCAUUUAUGAGUAGCAAGAGCAGCAUGAAUCCAUAGUUCUGUAACAGAUUCACAUGGAGUCUAGAAAGCAUCAAACGAUCUCCAUGGUAUCUGUUCAACAUAGAGAAGUUUGAGGCUCCCAAUCUAUUGGCACUUUUCCUCUUCUGCCAACCAAACAGUAAUGCAGGAGCCUCUGGCUCAACUAUUGACUGACCGCUGUCUUAAGUUCACCUGGCACACAAUGUCAAGCCAAGUCUUCUCUAUUCAUUAGGAAUGCCUUUAUCUUAUACAGAGUAAAAAUAUUUCCAAAGCUAAAAGAAUGGAUUGCUCCUCCAAGACCUACCACGGAGCUGGGUUUGUUGUGUUUGUAUUCUGCCCUUUGAAGUUGAAUAGAAAGUAUUUCUGGAUUCCAAAUGUGCCACCCUUUGGGUUUUCUAAUCCUUUCAAUGUCAUUCUGACAGAGAUAAUUUCAUUGAAACUUUCCAGUUUUAAACUAAUGGGACCAAACCAAACUAUCAAGCAAUCCUUUUUAAAAAUGGACAUUCUGUUCAAAUAUGUGCCCUAAUGAUUUCGCUUGGAGUAGAUAUCCUGAAUGUUGUGUACAAGGCAAUCCCAUGGUGUAGCUCCAGUUACAGUUAGUUUCAAGAUAGAGCGAACAAUUCUCAAUACCUCAGCUGCUGAGAAAAUGGAUCAUCUUCGCUUCAUAAUAUUUUCAUUUGGAUAGACAAUAUAUAUGAAAGCUAAUGGGUAACUGCUGGUAGGCAUGUUGUAAGACUGAUGUUAGUAUCUAGAAAAUGGAUCUCCAGUGCCAUUAACAACCAUUCCAGUCGGAAACAAAUGCUGAUGGCCUCCGUGAGCUUUCUUAUCUGCAAGAAGAACUAGUUACUGAACUAAAUGGAAACUAGAUUCUCGUCUGUUUUCUCCCUUGCAUCUUCCCAUUGUACCUGAAUCCAUGAUGGCAAGAACUUUGGCCUAAGGUGACAUUCUGCAGCACUCCAUCCUCUUUCCCCAUGGUCACAUGGACUGAGAUCCAUAACUGGGAGCAAUAGGGUGGGAAGGUGUAUCUUGUUUCCCCACUCCUUCCUCUCCUAUCAGCAAUUGCAUUACCCUAAUUGGAAUAUUUCCUUAAUGAUACAAAUGUGUUUAAUUUGAUUGCUUUUAUUUUGCUGCAGUAUGUAGAAAGCAAAUUUAAUCAAAGAUUGAGAACUGCAGUGCACGUAAGUCGAAACCAGUUCUAAAUCACACUGGCCAUUGAUGUGUCCUGAAACAACUAAAAAAAACCCCUUGAAAUCCCUAAUUUUACUCUAUCAAAUUAUCAGUGACAUUAAACCCAGAAAAAUCAAUAUUAGAACCAGAGCUUAAAAAAGCUGCAAAUGGCUCACUGGGUAGAAAACUGAAGAAAAUAGGCUGCCCAAAAGAAGUUUUGUCUGGUUAAUGGACAAGAAACCUUUGUCUAUGAUUGUAUAUAAGAUUACACUUUAAAACUGAAAGUUCUUUCAGUAAUUUGAUAGCAGAGUAGUAAAGAGCAUAUGAGCAUUGAGAAUUUUAUUUCAAAAGAAAAAGCCUGUUCCUAUGUUUUUAGCUUGAAUGGUGACUUUGUCAAAUGCCAUGGUGCAUCAUUUUGUUUUCAGUGUUGUGCAUUUCCUGUUCAGUACAAAACUCUUCAUUCAGAGUGUGUAAUAAAUGUUGUUUUGUUUCCACUUGCCUCUUUUCUAUCAUUUGCUGAAUCUUCAAUGUUUGCUUUUGUUCCCACCAAAUUUUUAAAAAAAUUGUCCUGUAUUUAUUGUUUUAUCCACACAACUAUCAAUGGUUUGCAUCCUUCAGUAAAAGUUUUUUUUGAAAUACCUUUCUCAUUUGUCUUUUUUAAAUUAAAAUUAAGAUGAAACUAGAUGAAAAGUCGUCUAAAGCUUGACUCUCAAUCUUAAAUGUUCAGAGCACGAACUGAUUAAAAUUUAUAUAUGACUGAAAUUGAAACUGUAUAUUAUCUGUCAAUAAUAUAUUAAAUGUUUUGUGUAUGGCAUGCAUUUCCUGUUCAAUUUUCUCUUUCGAAC